AUGGCGGCCCACGGGGGCCUGGCUUCCUCCAGCGAGGGUCUGCAAUACGCUGAAUACCUGCCUCCCUCAGCCCAGUGGCCCGACACCGAUGUGGACCACCGAGCGGCAAGAAGGUUGAUAACUGUAGGACUAGGUAUUGCAGCUUUUGCAUUUGCAGGGCGCUAUGCAUUUCAGAUCUGGAAAGCUUUAGAACAAGUAAUAACAGAAACAGCAAGAAAGAUGUCGUCUCCUAGCCUUUCAUCCUACUAUAAAGGAGGAUUUGAACAGAAAAUGAGGAGGCGAGAAGCUAGUCUUAUCUUAGGUGUAAGCCCAUCUGCUGGCAAGACCAAAAUUCGAACAGCCCAUAGGAGAAUUAUGAUUUUAAAUCAUCCAGAUAAAGGAGGAUCUCCUUACUUAGCAACCAAAAUAAAUGAAGCAAAAGACUUACUGGAGGCAACCACCAAUCAUUAAUGGACACUCCAGGACCACAGUGAAGACUUACUGGAGGCAGCCACCAAGCAUUAAUGGACACUCAAGGACCACAGUGAAGACUUA